UUCUUGCGGACCAAUUCGAGACACGAAGGCGAGGUCGGUCGGGGGUCGGAGACGCGUCGGCGGCAGGUCGGUCGCGGCUCUUGCGGAGCGGAGGGGGGAGGGGGAGGGAGAUGGCGCCGGCGAGCGGGUUUGGCCGGGUGGUGGGGAACGCGCGGUCGUUUGUGGGCAACGCGCUGGGCGGGCUCCGCGGGUGGAGCAACCUCGCCUCCUGGACCGUCGCCGGGGGCCUCGCCUACUACCUCUGGGUCAAGCCCGCGCGGCAGCUCCAGAAGGAGCAGGAGGAGCGAGCUGCUUUGGCUGCUGCCUCGGAUCCUUAUCGUUAUGUUGAGAAGCGGAAACCCAUUCCUGAUCCACAGGAUACUGGCCUUAUUUAUGGGAAGAAAAAGGAGCCUACAAAAUCUGAAGAUUAGUUCCUCUGGGCACAUCUUGUACCAAAACGUGCCACCCAUAUGUGCUACAAUACAAGGAAUUGUUUCUGCAUAUCUGCUGGCUACAUGAUAUACAUUUUGUGAAACUGUUGCUUUGUGCUAGCAAUGUAAAUGGAGCGUUUUGCAGUUUGAGUACUAGAGCCCCAGGAAGUAACUUGUUCACCAUCGUCUGUUUUGCUCAGAUCAUGAGAGAUGUAAAUGCUUUCAGAAUAGGGGAAAAAAUCUAUACUUUUUUGCUAGCUAGAUCUGGAUGUUGACAUGUUUAUGUAUCACUGUAUCAAUGCACACCGCACCAGGGGCUAUAGUUUAUUCUGUUGCAUACUGUUUUUGCCAAGUAAUAAUACCGUUGUUCGCCGAUGGUGGACACAAACUCAUUGAUUCCA